ACUUCCGGGUCACUGGCGGCCAUUUUGUGGCGCUUAAGAGCUUGGCGAAGGGCAGCGCCUCGCUCAGUUGCUCGUGGCGGUGUAGAGAGAUGGUGGCGCUCGUGUAGGUCCUUGUCCGCGUGCUCAGCCACCAAUCCGGCGGCACCUGCGGGCCAAACUGCGGGGACUCUGCAGCUACCUCCCACCUGAGCUGCUUCUCUGGUGCCUCCCUCCCUUCCCCAUUUCCCGCCCGUCGCCAUGAGUUACGGGCGGCCGCCGCCUGACGUGGAAGGGAUGACUUCGCUGAAGGUAGACAACCUGACCUACCGCACCUCCCCGGACACGCUGCGCCGCGUCUUCGAGAAGUACGGCCGCGUGGGGGAUGUCUACAUUCCCCGGGACCGCUACACCAAGGAGAGCCGCGGGUUCGCCUUCGUCCGCUUCCACGACAAACGCGACGCCGAAGACGCCAUGGAUGCCAUGGACGGAGCCGUGCUCGACGGCCGGGAGCUCCGUGUCCAGAUGGCCCGCUAUGGCCGGCCCCCGGAUUCCCACCACAGCCGCCGUGGGCCUCCUCCCCGCCGUUACGGGAGCGGCGGCUACGGACGCCGCAGCCGGAGCCCCAGGAGACGGCGUCGUAGCCGAUCUCGAAGCAGGAGCCGCUCCAGGUCCCGGAGCAGAUCGCGCUACAGUCGCUCCAAGUCCAGGUCCCGCACACGGUCCCGGUCCCGCUCCACUUCCAAGUCCAGAUCGAACAGAAGAUCGAAGUCCAAGUCCUCCUCCGUCUCCAGAUCGCGUUCCCGAUCGAGAUCCCGGUCCAGGUCAAGAAGUCCCCCACCUGUUUCAAAAAGGGAAUCGAAGUCGAGAUCCCGGUCUAAGAGCCCCCCUAAGUCUCCUGAAGAGGAAGGAGCUGUGUCAUCCUAGGAAAAUGCUGCGGUCUCCUGUUUGCUUAAAGAAUAUUGGCCAGUAUUGCAGAUUUUAACUGAUUUGGCUGAUCCUCCAGGGACCAGUUUCUGUGGGCGUGUAUUGGAGCAGGUUUGUCUUUAAAUGUUAAAGAUACACUAUCCUGUUAAUGAAGAAUCAGAUCUGUGGUUACAGAAUGCAACAUCAGCAAAUAUUUUUAGAAGUGAAAGUUGGAAUGCAAGAGACUAUGGCAACCAGUUUCUUCUCCAGUGCAAUUGUGGGCGUUUAAGAAUAUCCUGGGUGGGGAAAAUGGAUAGUGUGUCUUUAACCUCCCUCAAAUUGUUUGGUCCUGUUUUUUCCAAGGAAGGGGGCCUAGAACUGUUGGUUACACAACUAUUUAAUCAUUCUUCAAAGUUCUGAAGAACAACUAAUAUAUAUUCUAAUAUGAAUUGGGCUGAAUUCGUUAAGGGUGGUUUGAUCACAGCUCAACACUUUAAUGUGAUUGGUGGAGAUUCAGCAGUCUCUCCAAAAAUCUCAUGACUUCUACAUGUAUGUAGUACUAAUACGAUGGUGGGAGGUGGGAGUUGCAGAUCUCUCUAAAACUUGUGAAAUAAGACAAGGCCAGUUCUACUAGGUAUUUGAAAGCAUCCAUAACAUAUGGAAGAUAUACAAGGGGUGCCCUUGCUGAACUUUUCGUUUUUCAAACCUAGAUACAUCAAAUAGAUGAGAAACCUACAUAAAGGAUGCCUUUGGAGGAAAAAGGAUCGUUUGAAUCGUCAGUCCAUUGGAGAGAUCCUGGCACAAGCAACCAGCUGUUGAAAAGGUUAUUUUGUAACACUUUGUCUAACUUUUUACUUUACUUUGAGCCUCAAAUGGCAGACUUUUACUUAUGUGCCAUUUUGUUGCUGUUAUUCAAAUUUCUUGUAAUUUAGUGAAGUGAACGACUACAGAUUUCAUUAUUGGCUUGGAUAUUUGAGGUAAACUUCAUUUUUGUUCAUAUAGUGCUGACUUGUUUGCAAAUAAACUGGUAAUUGCUGCCUCAAGUUUAAUAUUCAAAGAACAUGCAGCUAUAAUACACUGAGUAGCUUAAAUACUGUCCAAAUCCUCAGUUUUUGCUUUUAUUCUCAGGCUGAAGUUUUAAAUUCAAAUGCAUUUGGAAAUACUUAUGUUGAAAUAGUCUUCAAGUCAAACAUUAAACUUUACAGGUGACAGUUAUUUUAAAAGAUUUGUUUUGUCAGACAAAAUUCUAAUCUCUUCUCUUAUGUAUUUUUGUGCACUAGGCGCAGUUGUGUAGCAGUUGAGUAAUGCUGGUUAGCUGUUAAGGUGGCGUGUUGCAGUGCAGAGUGCUUGGCUGUUUCCUGUUUUCUCCUGAUUGCUCCUGUAACGAUGCCUUGUCGUGCAGAAACAAAUGGCUGUCCAGUUAAUUAUAAUUGCCUGACAACUGCACUUCCAGUCACCCGGGCCUUGCAUAAAAAUAACGGAGCAUACAGUGAGCACAUCUAGCUGGUGAUAUACACACCUUAUUUUUCCCAAAAUGGUAAAUUAGACCAUCUACAUAUGUGAACUUGCAUAUUAAAACAAUGUAACAUUAAGAGCAUUUUGAUUCAUUCCUCUGUAACUACCAAUUUGGUGUAUUCUUAAAACAUUCUGUACUAUAACCACUGUGUCUGUAGUUAAAACACUUUCUUGGUGUUCCAUUUUUGAACUCUUAAAUGUCCAGAGUCAAUUUUGUAUGUUGGAGAUAUCUUGUUUGUUUCCAUUUCAAAAUAAAGCCUCUGUUAUUCA